GCAUGCGCCGUAUUAUUCAUUCUAGUCGGGUUCACGCUGGACUGUGCGACUCGUUUGAACCUAAACUGUGCUCGGUUCAAAAAAGAUUAGUGAUUCAGCAUUAAUGGUUAUUAUAAAUACAUUUAGCAUGCGAUAUGGAUAUACCUAAAAGACUUGAAUAGUCAUUAGUAAUGUUAUUGUAUCUCUCAUGGAUGAGAAAUAGUUGUAGGCUACCAAUAUGGCAAGGUAAUAAUUGUUGGGGUAGGCUUUUUACAGUAUGUGGAAAAGGCACUUCGUAAUUGCUUGGAAGGCAACGCCUGGAUAAUAAGACGUACUUUCCGUUAAAUCGGCUGCUUUGCUGACAGUUAGUCAAAAAUGGGGAUUACAUUGUUUUCCCAUCAGUGUUUUCAAAUAGUGUGUCUCGUCGCUUUACUCAAUGGAUUCGGUGACUGCAGCGAAGGGCCAAACUCGUCAGAGCAGACGUCCCAGUUCUCGUCGUACGAGGUGACGGUCCCGAGGAGGGUACACAAGCAUCGGAGGGAUCUGGACUCCACAGAGGCUGAGCGGGUGUCCUAUGUAAUCAGUGCCCAAGGGGAGGAGCAUGUCGUCAUCCUGGAGAAAAACGAACUCCUACUUCCUGAGGACUUCACAGUGUACACCUACUCUGAGGAUGGGACGUUAAUUACGCAGCGACCCUCCAUGCAGGACCACUGUCAGUACCGGGGUUACGUCCUGGACCAGGAAGGCUCCUCCGUAGCCAUGAGCAUCUGUAACGGUCUCAGAGGCGUUCUCCAUAUGGGAAAUUCCAGCUAUGGCAUCGAGCCCCUUGAGUCCUCAGCCAAUCAGCACCUGUGGUACCGGCUAGAGGAUGUGAGGUCAAAACCGCUGGUGUGUGGCACGCCUCACACUGAGCAUGCUCACAAUGAAGAGCACGCCCACUUUGAUACACACAGAGAGACAGUCAGCCACCACCUGAGGAGAAAGCGUGCUGUGCUUCAUAAGACCCACUAUGUGGAGCUCCUGCUGGUGGUGGACAACGAGAGGUUCAUCUAUAUGCACAGGAACGAGACAGCUGUGAGAGCAGAGAUGGUCCACUUGGCCAACUUCAUUGACAGUAUGUAUGUGGAGUUGAACGUGCGGAUCGUCCUGGUGGGCCUGGAGAUCUGGGCCCAGCAGAACCCCAUCAGCAUCGAGGGCAGCGCGGGGGAGGUCCUCACCCGCUUCACCCAGUGGAGGGAGCAGGAACUGUUGCCACGCAGGAGACACGACAGCGCCCAGCUCAUCCUGAAGAAGAGUUUUGGAGCGACUGCGGGCAUGGCGUUCGUGGGCACAGUCUGCACACGGAGUCACGGAGGCGGGAUCAACGCGUUCACAAACAACAACAUCCCGGCGUUCGCGUCCAUCGUGGCCCACGAGCUGGGGCACAAUCUGGGCAUGAACCACGACGAUGGGCGGAACUGUCACUGCGGAGUCAACUUAUGCAUCAUGAACUCGGGAGCCUCCGGUUCUCGCAACUUCAGCAGCUGCAGUGCUGACGACUUUGAGAAAAUGAUCCUGAACACGGGAGGAAACUGCCUGCUGAACAUCCCGCGGCCGGACGAGGCCUACAGCGCCCCCUACUGUGGAAACAAGCUGGUGGACGUAGGAGAGGAGUGUGAUUGUGGCUCAGACAAGGAGUGUGAGAAGGACCCCUGCUGUGAGGCCAAGACCUGCAAGCUAAAGUCCGGGGCUCAGUGUGCCUUCGGAGUCUGUUGCAAGAACUGCCAGUUCCUGCCUGGGGGGACUGUGUGUAGGGCCAGUAACGACGACUGCGACCUGACGGAGUACUGUAACGGUUCCUCGGCCCUCUGCCAGAAUGACGUCUUCAAACAGAACGGCCAUCCCUGCCGGAACGAGCAGGCCUACUGCUACAACGGAAAGUGCCAGCACUACGACGGGCAGUGUCAGGCCAUCUUCGGGUCCAAGGCCAAGGCAGCUCCAGAAAUAUGUUUUCAAGAUGUCAACUCCAAAGGAGAUCGCUUUGGAAACUGUGGCUAUCAGAAUUACGGCUUCAAGAAAUGCGAGAGCAGAAACGCCGUGUGUGGGAAGCUGCAGUGUUCCAACGUGCAGUCGGUGACGGUGUUUGGCAUCGAGCCAUCCAUCAUCCAGACGCCCAUCGCCGGGACCAAGUGCUGGGGCGUCGACUUCCUGUUGGGUUCCGACGUCCCCGACCCUGGCAUGGUCAACGAGGGCACCAAGUGUGGAGAGAACAAGGUCUGUCUGAACUAUGACUGCAGGGACGCAGAAGUUCUCAAUUACGACUGUGAUGUUAAGAAGAAAUGCCACGGCCAUGGGGUGUGUAACAGCAACAGGAACUGUCACUGUGACAACGACUGGGCCCCGCCCUUCUGUGAGGUCAAAGGUUACGGGGGCAGCAUCGACAGCGGCCCAACGUGGAACGACAAGGACACGUCGACCAGGGACGGGCUGCUGGUCUUCUUCUUCCUGGUUCUUCCUCUCAUGGCUCUCUGCGCCUUCGUCUUCUUCAGGAGGAACGAGCUGCAGAGGCGCUUCUGCAGGAGGAAGAGGUCGCAGGGCUUCGAGGCUAACAGUCAACCUCUAGCCAAUCCUGGCAGAGGCCCGCCUCCUAGAGGGAACCCCCCUCCGAGGGGUGGCAACACCAACAACAUCGUCAAGGACGGGCUUCAUGCCAAGUUUUUACCACCUGAGGAGGUUGUUCAGACAAGCAGGACAGCCUCUGUUCCAUCUUACGCUACAAGACCCCCCCCUCCACUUCUUGGAAGACCAUCUGCUCCUUCUUCACAACUAGUGCCUCAAAGAUCCGCCCCCCCACCUCCGGUUUAACCAAUGGGAGAUGGGUGUCUGUCUAGUGGACGUGCUAGUCCCACCCAACACCCCAACCUCACACUUCAACUCACUUCACCGCAUAUAACCCAUCUACAGAAAAGCACUCUGCCAAACCCCUGAUGGGAAAUGUAGUCCUUCGACCACGACGCACUUCCUACAAUACUGCGCUGAACCCCUGACGAUCUCCUACUGAACCAUCAUGAACCCUGAUUAACCAUGUAACUGAGCUGGACCAGGUCUGACUUCCUGGUGUUAGACAGGAAACUGAGCUGGACCAGGUCUGACUUCCUGGUGUUACAGACAGGAAACUGAGCUGGACCAGGUCUGACGUCCUGGUGUUUCAGACAGGAAACUGAGCUGGACCAGGUCUGACUUCCUGGUGUUACAGACAGGAAACUGAGCUGGACCAGGUCUGACUUCCUGGUGUUACAGACAGGAAACUGAGCUGGACCAGGUCUGACUUCCUGGUGUUACAGACAGGAAACUGAGCUGGACCAGGUCUGACUUCCUGGUGUUAGACAGGAAACUGAGCUGGACCAGGUCUGACUUCCUGGUGUUAGACAGGAAACUGAGCUGCGGUAGGAGUGGGAACACUUUAGCCGAUUGUUCUCUCUCUCUCUCUCUUUCUUUCUCUCUUUCUCUUUCUCUCUCUUUCUCUCUCUUUCUCUCUCUCUUCCAGCACUGUCAUAGGAAUGUAACUCUUACCCCAGAUCUCUGGCAGGGCAGGUACAAGACAGUCUGGCCGUGAGCUGCUUCCCUGUUUGUGUUCCACCCUAUUCCUCAAACCCACCGGUUUUAUUAUGUCCAGAAUGACGUUUUGACUUUUAGUUUCUAAUCAACCUCUACUCAUUAGUCCAGAGAUCUGCUGGAUAUAUAAUUGUACUUUGUAACAUGUUGUAUUUUUUUACAUUCACACAGGAAACUGAUAUCACUGGACAACCAUUAGAUCUUAAACCUAGGCCCCACUAUGUAAACCUUUUGUUUCUACAUUUAAUUGCAGUACAAGUUUGAAUUUGACAUCGAUUUGCAAAAUGUGUGCAAUACUUUGAGAACAUAAUAGGUUGCUCUGACAACCUUUCGAUGCAUCUGACCUCGUUGAAAGUUGUGGAACCUUCAGUGGUUUCAUCAAUUAGACAAUCUCAACCAUACAUUAGGUAGUGAACAUACCUGGAUCUGUUCAUAAACAAAUUUGUGUUCCUGACACAGUUAAGAUCCUAUUCCAAUGUUGCAGUUUUUGCAGCCAACAGAUUGUAUAGAAGAUGGUUGGUUUGUUUUAUUUGCCAAUGAACUAUUACCCACGUAGGUAUCAAAUCAAUUCUACUUAUUGAACAUGUUUUUUAAUGAUUGUAAUACUUUAUGUGAAUCCACUAUUACCUGUUGACUGUGGUUUGGUGUAUCCUUGAUUUCUUUGAACAAAAUGAUAUAACCCCCAUAUAUGGACAUUUAUUUUUCCUAUGAAGGGCUACACAGUAAUACCACAAUGAUCCUGACAACAUGUCAUAACUAUCCUGUUGGGAUGUACAUCAGAGUCACGUGCUUCCGGUUUAGGUGAGUGAGACUCUGCCUCUGGGAAAGACACAAGUCUGACUCAGACUAUUAACAGCCAGUGCCUCUACUCUACUCUCACCAUGAACACGCCAUCCCACAGUAAUAUGGCAAUACUCCACCGAAUGAUCCCUGAUGGUGCAUAAAAACACAAUCCAGCUUCCAAGACGCCAUCUUCUUCUGAAAACAGACUUCGCCUUGUGCCAUACAGUUAUAAAUACACACGGAAGAUGAUUCGAACGUUGUGUGUUUUGUUUGAGGGUGUACAUAGGACCGUUUGCCUCUGCAUAUUUAACAUUUGAUGUUUGCAGGUUGUUAAGUGUAAAUGUAUGAUAUAUCAUCCGUAUACACAAUGAAUGGAUUACAUGGUUGGCCUGAUUGCACUGCUUUCCUUCCCACUUUAAUCCUCCAUGUCCUCUUUAUGACGAAGUGUUGUGUGAGCUGUAUAUAGUUGAAUGACACUUGAGUCUUUAGUGAGACUUGGCUGCUCAGACUGAAUAAGGGUGGUGAUUUUGGUUAUUAAAUUCAAAUAAAUGAAACCAACUGAGA